AUGCCCCAGCCCACAGUGCCCACAGCAGCGUUCUCUGUGGCUGAUGAGGAACAGUGGAGGCCCCGUCUGGCCCCUCCUCAGAAUGUGACGCUGCUCUCCCGGAACUUCAGCGUGUACCUGACGUGGCUCCCAGGGCUUGGCAACCCCCAGGAUGUGACCUAUUUUGUGGCCUAUCAGAGCUCUCCCACCCCCAGACGGUGGCGCAAAGUGGAAGAGUGUGCAGGAACCAAGGAGCUGCUGUGUUCUAUGAUGUGCCUGAAGAAACAGGACCUGUACAACAAGUUCAAGGGGCGCGUGCAGACGGUUUCUCCCAGCUCCAAGUCCCCCUGGGUGGAGUCCGAAUAUGUAGAUUACCUUUUUGAAGUGGAGCCGGCCCCACCUGUCCUGGUGCUCACCCAGACGGAGGAGAUCCUAAGUGCCAAUGCCACAUACCAGCUGCCCCCCUGCAUGCCUCCACUGGAUCUGAAGUAUGAGGUGGCAUUCUGGAAGGACGGGGCCGGAAACAAGACCCUAUUUCCUGUCACUCCCCAUGGCCAGCCAGUCCGGAUCACCCUCCAGCCAGCUGCCAGCGAACGCCACUGCCUCAGUGCCAGAACUAUCUACACCUUCAGUGUCCCGAAAUACAGCGAGUUCUCUAAGCCCACGUGCUUCUUGCUGGAGGUUCCAGAAGCCAGCUGGGCUUUCCUGGUGCUGCCAUCACUUCUGAUACUGCUGUUAGUAAUUGCCGCAGGGGGUGUGAUCUGGAAGAGCCUCAUGGGGAACCCCUGGUUUCAGCGGGCAAAGAUGCCACGGGCCCUGGACUUUUCUGGACACGCAUACCCUGUGGCAACCUUUCAGCCCAGCAGACCAGAGUCCCUGAACGACUUACUCCUCUGUCCCCAAAAGGAACUGACCAGAGGGGUCAGGCCGACGCCUAGAGUCAGGGCCCCAGCCACCCAACAGGCAGGGUGGAGGAAGGACCUUGCAGAGGACAAGGACGAGGAGGAGGAGGAGGAGGAGGACACAGAAGAUGGCGUCAGCUUCCAGCCCUACAUUGAGCCACCUUCUUUCCUGGGGCAAGAGCACCAGGUUCCAGGGCACUCGGAGGUUGGUGGGGAGGACUCAGGGAGGCCCAAGGCUCCUCUGCUCCCGAGCGAAGGCUCCUCUGCUUGGGAUUCUUCAGACAGAAGCUGGGCCAGCACUGUGGACUCCUCCUGGGACAGGGCUAGAUCCUCUGGCUAUUUGGCUGAGAAGGGGCCAGGCCAAGGGCCGGGUGGGGACGGGCACCAAGAACCUCUCCCACCACCUGAAUUCUCCACGGACUCGGGUUUCCUGGAAGAGCUCCCAAAAGAUGACCUCUCCUCCUGGGCCACCUGGGGCACCUCACCACCAGAGUCAAAUCUGGUCCCUGGGGGGCCCCCAGUUUCUCUUCGGACACUGACCUUCAGCUGGGAAAGCAGCCUCGAGGAGGAAGAGGAGGAAGAGGAGGCGAGGGAAUCAGAAACUGAGGACAGCGAUGCGGGCAGCUGGGGGGCUGAGAGCACCCAGAGGACCGAGGAGAGGGGCCGGACACGGGGGUAUUACAUGGCCAGGUGA